AGUGUGGUCUUGACGAUGGGAGGUGCUGUGAGUGCUGGUGAGGACAACGAUGAACUGAUAGACAAUUUGAAAGAAGCACAGUACAUCCGGACUGAGCUGGUGGAGCAGGCUUUCCGAGCUGUCGACCGCGCAGACUAUUAUCUGGAAGAAUUUAAAGAAAAUGCGUAUAAAGACCUGGCGUGGAAGCACGGAAACAUCCACCUCUCAGCCCCAUGCAUCUACUCAGAAGUCAUGGAAGCUCUGGACCUGCAGCCAGGCCUCUCCUUCUUGAACCUGGGCAGCGGCACUGGCUACCUCAGCUCCAUGGUGGGGCUCAUUCUAGGUCCUUUUGGUGUGAACCACGGGGUUGAACUCCAUUCAGAUGUAAUAGAAUAUGCAAAGCAGAAGCUGGACUUCUUCAUUCGAACCAGUGACAGCUUUGACAAAUUUGACUUCUGUGAACCUUCCUUUGUUAUUGGCAAUUGCCUGGAGAUUUCUCCAGAUUGUUCUCAGUACGAUCGUGUGUACUGUGGGGCUGGUGUGCAGAAAGAGCAUGAAGAAUACAUGAAGAGUCUUCUCAAAGUAGGGGGCAUCCUUGUCAUGCCGCUGGAGGAGAAGUUGACUAAGAUAACACGAACUGGUCCUUCUGCUUGGGAAACCAAAAAGAUUCUGGCUGUUUCUUUUGCUCCUCUGAUCCAGCCCUGUCAUUCAGAGACAGGAAAAUCAAGACUUGUCCAGUUACCGCCGCUGGCCGUGCGAAGCCUCCAGGACCUGGCUCGCAUCGCCAUCCGGGGCACCAUUAAAAAGGUCAUUCGUCAGGAAACGGUGAGCAGCAGCGGAAACGGACUAAAGAGCACUCCGGGGGUGAAACGAAGGAGAGUGCGCCGCCGUCGAAUGGAAACGAUCGUCUUUUUGGACAAAGAGGUUUUUGCCAGUCGGAUUUCCAGCCCCUCUGACGACAACAGCUGCGAGGACUUGGAAGAGGAGUCGCGGGAGGAGGACAGAGCCCCCCCGCCCGAAGCCAAGCCAGCCCCACCGGUGAACUUCCUACGGGAGAAGGUCCUGAGCCUCCCUCUGCCAGACCCCCUGAAAUACUACUUGCUCUAUUACAGGGAGAAGUGA